CAGGCGUGCUGGUAGCGGAGCGGGAUGGCGGCGCUGGAGCUCGGAGGCGGCUCCCGCCCAGGAGCGACCCGCGGUAAAUGGUUCAGCUCCCAUCCCGUGCUCGUGGCGCUGCUGAUUCUGCUGCUCCUGGUGCUGGUGCUGGCUUUGGGGGUGGCCUUGGCUGUGCAGUCAGCACCACAGGUUCCACUUACACCUGCGACUCCGCUGUUGGUUCUGGGCUGUCCCCGUGGCUGGGUUGGGUACAAUGGAGUCUGCUACUACUUGUCAAAGGAUUACGGCACCUGGGAGCAGGGUCAGGAACGGUGCUCCGAGCUCGGGGCCUCCCUGGCCAUUCUCAAGGAUGAGGAAAUGGAUUUGCUCUUCCGCCUCCGCGGGAACGUCGAUUACUGGCUCGGGCUGCGCAGACGGGGCGAGCGCCUGCACUGGGGGGACGGCAGCAGCUACAGCUCCUCGGUUCCUGUCCUGGGCAAUUCCGAGUGUGUGUACCUGGCUGACCGUAAAUUCAGGAGUGAGAUGUGCUCAAAUGAGCGGCCGUAUGUCUGCAGCAAGGCCCAAGCUCCCCUGUAACAGGGGCUGGAGAAAGGACCUUGUCCACACUGGGCAGUGCCAGCGUCGUCUGUUAGCCCGGCACAGGGCUGUCCUUCCUCAGGUGUACCUGUGUUAAUACCUAAAAGCGAAAGCCAUUAACAGUAUAAGUGAUUUAUAACAUUAUGUAUCGAGCUCCUUUGGGUAAUCUGAAUCUGCCUGCGCUCUUGGUGUUCAUUACAAGCUAGCAGUCACAUGAGAGUUCUGGACUGCCUUUGGCAGAGGAAGAAGAGCAGCAGACACGUGCUGAGCAGGGAUCCCACUUUUGGCGUCCGGCUUUGAAGAAGCCAGACUGUGAAGAAGGAUCUGUCAGCUGCUGGCUUGCUCUCUCUGCUUUGGAGGAGGAUGGUCAGAGCUGCUGCUUGGGGAAGGGAAUUUGAUGCCACGGCCAUAACCGAGCUGAGAGCUGCUUCCUCUGCUGUGGAAUGAGCCGCUGUGCCCGGAACUGCACGCGAGGGGAAAGUGCCCGUGGCCGAGCGGGACCGGGGCUGGGUUUGUGUCUGCUCGGGGCAGGGCUGCGCUGCAGGGGUUUGUGUGCCUGGGACAGAGCAGUAAAGAGCUGCUGUUCUAUUCUCAUAGCUGUGUCUGAGAGACCCUUCACUUCUAAAUUAAAAUAAUUCUGAGCACGGGGGUUUUCAUUUUCCACUGCAAGGGAGGCUCCUGCCUUAGGAGACCCCUGCCUUUCAAAGCAAAACACCCCCAUCCCUCUGUGCUACUGUGUGGGGAAAAGGGAGGGAGGGAAUCGGGGAUAAAGAGAAGCCCAGGAAGGAGAGUUCAGAAGGUGCAUUUUUAGGAUUUUGGGUACUUCUCAUUCCCUUGCUCAGAUUUGUUUGAUAAUAAAUUCAAUUAACUUCCCCAGUCCAGGCCUCAUUCCCCAGUUACGCCCAUGCUGGGUGAGAGAUCUCUCGCUGCCUUUACUGAGACCCUCGAGCCUUUCCUGCUGUGUUCUGUGGCCUGCCCAGGGGCAGGAGGAGAGGCACAGAGCGCUUUUGCUGUCCCUGGGCACCUGGCCUGGCCCAGCCCAGCCCAAGAAUCCCUGCCAGAAUUCACUGCACCAUUUCCCGGCCCCACGGUGGCUCUGGCUCCAUGGGCAGGCGGCUCCAGGAGUUCAGAGGGGGCAAAAUGGGACCGAGGGAGAGGAGGCAGCUGGAGCCAGUGGGGGAAAUGUCUUU